UCUCUUCAUACCGGUCAAACAUGUCUGCUAGCGGGAAUCACGCGGCAAUGAUGCGCUGAGGACGCCGUUCAGUAGAGCGAGCCGCGACUGCGGACGAUGUGAUGCAUUGUGUCGAGUGCGACAUAGAGGAAUGAUUUUCAAUAAAAUCGUGUUUUUUAAUACUGAAUAAAGGCCUAGAUAUUGACUGCCGCUGGAGCCUGAGGCUUGAUAUCAAACGUCGCUGAGAUCGGUGAGUCAAAUGAAUCGUCUGACCGGAAGAAUUAAAAUAAACACGUAAUUUUCACGUUUUGCACGGAUUCCCCUUUGGCUUUUUUUCUUUUUCUUUUUUUAAUUUUCUGGUGGUAGUAUUAUUUUUGCUGCUGGUCUUUUAUAAUAUUAAAGUCAUUUGCCAUAUGAUAUUUAUAGAAAUAUGAGCCAGAUUAGGUUCGAAAAUAAUCAGGACAUCUUGCCAGUCAGCUGAACUGGUUGUCUUCUCAAGGUGCACAAUGUUUUGUGAUGGACAAGAUGAUGAGGACGUGUUUCCAGCUAUGACCAUUCAAAUGCACAGUGACUCCCACUCGUGCCGUAGAUGUCCUCCCUUUAGCUCACAGAGCUAACUUUAUUUCUCCUCGUCACCCCAGCUGUCCUUCCCCUCUCCUUUCUCUCAUGCCUAUUACUCCCUCCUCACUGCAUCUCUCCUCUCUAAUCUCUCCCUUCUCCAUCCCGUUGACUUUCCUUUCCUCCCUUCCUUUCUCACUCACCCUGUCACUCCUGUUCUGUGUCUGAUGUCAUAAUGGUGUGCUGCGGUCGAGCACUGGACUCCCCCUGCACUCUGGCUCUGUUGGUGGGCUUCCAGUUUGCAUUUGUCCUCUAUUUCUCCCUGGGAGGUUUUCGUGGCCUAGUGUCUGUUUUGGUUCAUUCCACUGAGCCGGAGUUCGACUACUCUCGACCACAUGAUGUCUACACCAACCUCAGCUCUCUUCUGCUCCACCACCCAGGACCCAGUGGACCAGAACAGCAGCUCAGACACUGUAUACUGCCCUCUCCACUGCUGGUGGGUCCUGUUUCUGUCCAUGUCUCCUCACCCCCCUCCCUGGAGGAGAUAAAAGAGAAGAACCCCUUGGUGACCUUAGGGGGUCAUUACCACCCACCAGACUGUGAGUCACGUCACCACACAGCCAUCGUGGUCCCCUACCGGAACCGCCAGACCCACCUCCGUGCCCUCCUCUACCAUCUGCACGCUUUCCUGCAGCGCCAGCAGGUCCACUACGGCAUUUACAUUGUGCACCAGUCAGGUAAUUCUACGUUUAACCGGGCAAAAUUGCUGAAUGUCGGGGUGCGUGAGGCACUGAAAGAGGAGGACUGGAGCUGUAUUUUCCUGCAUGACGUAGACCUGCUCCCCGAGAAUGACCACAAUACUUACACCUGUCACCCCCAGUAUCCUACACACCUAUCCGUGGCUAUGGACAAGUUCAGAUACAGGCUUCCAUACUCUCAAUACUUUGGAGGUGUGUCUGCUGUAACCCCAGAGCAGUACCUCAAAAUGAAUGGCUUUCCUAACCAGUACUGGGGCUGGGGAGGGGAGGAUGAUGACAUCGCAGCUCGAGUCCGUCUCUCUGGAAUGAAGAUAAUGCGCCCCCCUUUGGCCAUUGGUCAUUACAAGAUGAUCAAACAUAAAGGAGAUCAGGGUAACGAGCAAAACCCUAGAAGGUUUGACUUGCUGAAGCGUACCAGACUGAACUGGCGAUCGGAUGGACUGAACUCACUCACGUAUGAGCUCCUGUCCAAAGAGCUGGAGCCAUUAUACACUAAUUUAUCAGUCAACAUUGGGAAUGAUCCCCUCCAUCCCCCUGUAAAGGCUCUGCCCCUGAAGUCAGAGCCUCAAGCCACACUCACUAAUAAGACAAAGACUAAAGUGGGUGUGGCCUCCAGAAAUGCUCCAAAAUUAGAACCCUCCAAUUUGAAGGCCAAUAACGAAAGUUCAAAUGCUCUUCAGAAUGCUCCUGUGAAACAAGAAGUAGGAUGAUAUCGAUAAUCAAGUUCCCACACUGCAGUUGCUACACAGGGUGAAUUUAUUUUUGGAUAACGGAUGGGAGGAAUACCAGUUUCUUUCUUUUUACAUGGAUUUUAUUGUGAAGCAUUGCUAGGCAUUCUCACAGACAAGUUCAUUUCACUGAAAGUGUUGAGCAAAGUGAUCAGCCAUCUCUAAAUGUCUUCAAACACUGAAAUGCUGACAUUUGCACAAGUCUGCAAUCAUUUGCUGUAUGAGUCGUAUCAGAGUGGACAGAGUUGUAAAAUGCUCUUGAAAGUGUCCUAUCGAUAAACUACAAUAACUGUGCAAGUCCUGUGUAUUUGAGGCAACCCGCUGCCAGCUGCUGCUCUUUACCCCACUGUGUGGGUCUGUUUAUCUGUGCCUUUUCUUGCCCAUAAACUAGUCUAUUGUUAACAUGCCAUGACCAGUGUUGGGUAAGUUUUACUUAAAAGUAGUCCACUACAAUUUACAAAUUCUCUAAAAUUGUAAAAAAAACUAAAAUAAUAAUAAUAAAAAAAUAUUUCUAAAAUACUUUUCUGCUCAAAUUUAAAACAAUGACUAUAUUUCCUCCUUGUUCGUUGUUGACUUUUUAGGGGCGCACACCCUUCAAAUGUCUUAAAAACGUGAAUAGAUGUAUAUGUGAACAUAAUUCAUGUUUUAAAUGUAUUUUACAUAGUAUUAUUUUAAAGAAAUUGUAACCUUAGUAAUGUACUUAAUUGAAAGUCAGUAACUAGAGUAAUAAAAAAUGUAAUGUUACACUACCUUUUGACUGAAAAGUAAUUGAAUUACAGAAAUUACUUUAAUCAGAUUACACCUAACACUGGCUAUGACUCAGUUAAAAAUGAUUACUACUCACUAUGGUUAUUAUGACAUGAUUAAUACUAGAGGUCAAUGUUUAUUCCACAUCCUUAUCUAUUUUUCUCUCUUUUUUUUUUUCUCUUUAAGCAGCACACACUGUUUUGUGGUCUAAUGCUUGAGCAGACUUGUAUCACUGUGGUCGGUUUUGUUUUUUUUGUUUUUUGUUUGUUUUUUUUUUUUUUUUUCUUAUUUAGAAAUUACAAAGUGUGAUAUUUGAUACCAGCGAACACUGGUUUAUGUUCUCUCUUAGCUGCUUGGAUAUCUAUUAAUAAUUUUAUGAUAUAGUGUCAAAGAGUAUGUUUAUUUUAGGUAUUGUGUGGUGCCUUUGGGUUCAUUUUUGGUUGUAGACAAUCACUGGGAUAAGCAUAUAGGAGUUAUAUAUGUUAUUAAAACAUAGAAUUUGAUUUCAGGCAUUACAUACUGUAUGUGUUUUAAUGCAUAUUCAGAUGUUUCUGUUAAAUGGAAUAUAUUUAAUGGUUUAGGUUGAAAGUGUGACUUUACAUUAAAGAAUUACUGCAUAUUUUGCGAUUUUAUAGACAUUAAACAGGUAAUGGGAAAACAGGUCAUGGUAAGUUAAAGUGAGUACAGGGAGUCAAAAAAAGGUUGGACUGUAGCACUACCUUGGCUUUAUUUUCAGUCAGUUAAAUUAACUGCAUAAAUACAUUCCUUAAGUAUAAGCUAUGUUUCAAGAACACAGGUAAUAGCAGACAACUUUUAUGUGAAAAGGUUUCUUUGGAAAUAAAAAUUACACAUAAGCAAGUCCACUAACAUUUAUGUUAUUUUCUCCCCCACAACGUACUAAAACUAUUAAGACAAAAAUGAAACCAGAACAGUGGCUAUAUCCUAUACGGUAAUAUCAUUUACUGUUAAUGAUGGUCUUAACAUGCUUUAAACUGAUUUCUAUGGGAAUGGUUUUACCUAGUCACAAAGAGAAAGAGGUGCUCACUGGAAAUUCACUCGAUCAUAAUGCAUAUCUUACUUGUACAGUAUGUGCAACAUAUUUUACACCUAGAUAAACAUUUAAAGUUAGAGUACAUUUUUGUUUUCUGCUUUUGAUACUGUACUUAGUUUGAAGAGACAAUUUGACAAUGGUUUGUUCUGUGAGCCUCACAUUUUCUUUAUGCUUUGGUAUUAAAACAAGAAAAGGUAUAACUAUGAUGAAAAUAUUAUUUGCCACUAUUUUGUUUAAAGUAAGAAAUCAUUUAAGACAGCAAUCCGAAAUAUGCUUGCAUGUGGCAGAGAAAAGUCUUUACUCUUAACAUAUUUGCAAGAUUAGUACAUAUUUAAUGAAGUACAUAGUUUUGUAUCAGAUAUUUGGUAGUGGGCUCUAGCUACUGGAACCAAUAUUUGCUAUUUUGAGGUGAUUUACUGUGUAAAAGACAAGUGAUAUGAUUUUGAGGAUUGUGUUUAUUUUUUUAUGUUUGAUCACAAUAUGUUGAUUCAAAUGUUCUUUUGACCAUGAUUGAUGACUGUUGAUUUUUUUUAUAUGCUGUAUAAAAAGAGACUUUAUGAUGUUUCCAAAGGUCACCCUAAUUGACUCGUAGGUUGAAGCUUCGCCAGUGACAGAGUUACGUAAAGGUUUUAAAGCUGCCUGCUGCCAUAGAUAGGAUGCAAGUACAAUUGAUCAGUAAUCUUGUGAAUAAAUGCAUUGUAGACAUACAGCAUUGUGACCUGUCCAUGUAACAUUCUGAUUGUAUGUUUCUCAUCAGAGAGUUGUCUUUGAUUCUGAGACUGAAUUACAGGAUUCACCUCCAGUUCCCCGAGCUUACAGUGUCUGCUGGUGUUAAAAUCACUUAUUUGCUGCCAAGCACCAAAAAUAUAAACCGAUGACUAGUGAAUCAAGCUGAUGCUGUGUUCUAGGGGGACUACAGGUGUGUCAGUGCAUUUAUUGAGCAAAUAAAGACAAAAAUAUUGAAAAACUCUGAUGUUGUUAUUUUGAGGAUAUUAAUGUUAUAAGGAUAACAGCAGAUUUUGAAAGUGAAAUAGUAUAAUUUAGUGUGAUACUUGACCCUGCAUUCAGGCAGCAUUUCAUCUAAGUAGAUUCCAUUACAAAAGCCAUUUAGUAAAACAAAUCAGCUUUAAGCUUCACUGAAUCAAUUCAGUUAAUGUGUUCCAGUUCACACACAUUGUUAUGGCUACACACAAAUAGAGAA